ACUGAUAUCUCUGACCUUAUGCAACCCAGACGAGUUAUAUAAAGCACCGCUCCCUCGGUUUUGUAAAUAAAACAAGCCGAGUCUGUGUUGGACAUGUAACGUGUCGACAACAUCCGCCAACGAACCGCUUUGUGUGUACACACGUAAACUUUCAAAAGACAUCGUGUUGAAAAUGGCUUUUAAACUUUUCUUAAAUUUUGCUAUAUUUGUUCCGAUUUUAACGACAAUUUCAACUACGGAUGUGGAUACUGGAUUCGACGUUUUCUUCAAAACAAAUCUAGAUGAGAUGGAAAAUGUACCGAUAUAUUUUGACAACCCGAUUCCUGCUUGGCUCAAAGGAACACUGAUAAGAAAUGGUCUCGGCAGGUUUGAAGUCGGGCGCCGAAAUUUCACACAUUCAUUCGACGCUUUUGGGAAACUCAGUAGCUGGAUAUUCCCAGGAAAUGGUUCAUCCUUUUUUACCACAAAGUUCAUCCAAUCCGACUUCUACAAGGAAUCCGUGGAGAAAAAUGACAUUGCAAGUUACCUCAUGUUUGAGAGUGUAGUUCCGAAAUUUAAUGAGUUUCAGAAGCUUGAGGCUUUGGCGAGGGGAAUAGACAAUAUGAACGUAAAUGUUUACAAAUUCACAGACCAGAGCCAUGGUAACAGAAGCCAAUAUGUCGUUCUAAAUGACUUUUGGAAAAUCUACCAAAUCGAACCUUCUUCCCUUACUACGUUAAACUCCGUAACCGCUGCUGUUCCGAGUGGUAAACAUUCGGGAGGUUUGGCGUUUUUGAGUUUCUUGUCGUCUGCUCACCCACUUCCGGAAAGUGGAACGUUAAACCAUUUUACUUUUCUCUCUAGCGUGAGUAUAAUUCCCGGAAUUAAAAGUAAGAUGAGUCUUGUACGGAUAAAAUCUACAACUGAGCGGGAGGUCGUAGCUGAAUGGAACGUUGACAGGGUACCAUACAUGCACUCAUUUUCGGUGACGACAAAUUACGUUAUCAUCUUUGCAGCUCCUUUUUAUAUCAACGUCGGAAAGAUCUUGCGCACUGCCGAACCGUUCGAAAGUCUCGAUUGGUUCAAGAAUGAGGACACUGAGAUUUAUGUCAUACAUAUAAAAACUGGCCACAUACAAAAAAUGGCCAUUCCAAAUGUAUUUACGAUGCACCACAUCAACGCCUUUGAAAGAGACUCGAAAAUUGUCGUGGAUAUAUCUGCUUAUCCGAGCCCUGCGUUUGUAAAAAAUCUCGAAGUUGCCAUUUUACGUGAUUUUGAUAGGAGGAAUAAUUUCGACGCUCACGCUAUGGUAAAACGUUACGUCAUUGAUCUAGUAAAUAACCACGCUACCCUCGUAACAUUCGAAACAAAUGAAUCAAAUGGCAUUUCGUGUGCGGACAAGCUGGAUUUGCCGACUAUCAACGAGGAAUACCGUUACAAAGACUACUGUUUUGUGUAUGGCGUUGUAUUGAAGUGGGACAACGUCCGUCUUAGCCGAAUAGCUAUUGUUAAGAAAGACUUGUGUGGAAAAAAUAGAGACGGCAUGUGGUUCGUGCCUAAUCACUACCCGGUGGAGUCUUGGUUUGUACCUUCACCAUCACACCUAUCGAAGGGUGAAGAUGAUGGAUAUCUCUUAGUUCCGGUUUUGGAUGGCGUAAAGAAAACAUCAUAUCUCGCGUUCAUCGACGCGAGGACGAUGAAAACAACUCAUCGCGCUUAUCUUCCCACGCCUGUUCCGUUUGGUUUGCACGGACGAUUUUUCCCGGAACUAGAUGAUGUUCCCAAUGAAAUACAGUUUAACGGGCCCGCAAAAACGUAAUCUUAAAUAUAGCGUAUUUAACAAGACAUGAUAUCAACAAUUUCGGUUCCGGUUAUGACGUAGAUCUUCGCUCACGAUGUACGUUUUACUACAUCUUACUGUAAAAGUACAUAUUUUAGCGGUGGUCUUAUUUUAGCGUUCUUCGCAUUGACAUCCUUCAGCUAAAUUAUGUUUGCGUUAAUAGCAGUUUCUGUUUAAUUUAUUCCGCGAAAAGAAAUGUGGAUUCGUAAACCAUAAUUUGAGGAAAGCUAUCCAAGCGCAGCCGUGCUAAUUAGGACGAUCAGCGUAUAGUAAGGAUAUACAGGUAUGAUUUCCCAUGUAGUGAUACCUAUUCCGUUGCAAAAAACAAGUUCCAGAAAUUCAUUCUGCAUGCGAAUUGGUCGUAAUUUAUAAAACGUUAAAUCUGUCCAGAUCUAUGACGUCUAAGAGACGAUGGUAGGGGUGUUAUAUCUGAGAAUUACACCAUGUAUAUUUCUUCUUGUUUCAACGUUUGUCAUUUCGAGAAAAAAUGUUUAUUAAGUGUUUACAUAUCCUGCCCAUUGCAAUUUUUCAUGCCCGUAGCGAUAUUUCUCAUGUUUACCUUUAAAAAAUUACAUGCUUAUUUAUGUUCUUUUAGAGAGAUAGCUGUUUACAUGCUAAUCUGAACGGUUCCAGAUAAUGCUUAUGUUAAUAUAUAGAAAAUCCUCAGGUUAACCUUGUUUAUAUAGAUAAUAUCAAUGUCCACAUGUAUGAUUCAUAAUUUAUAGAUAACUCACGAUUUGCCGGGUGUAGGAAAUAUAUAUCAACAAAUAAAGUAAUCGACGACAAUUACAAUUUUCUAGUUAAGGAAAGAGAUAGGUUAAUCUUGAUACAGCUAAAUGUAGCCUUAAAAGGAUUUGAUGUAAAUCACAAAGAGCUGUGAAACUGUCUGUGUUGUAUAAAAAUGAUCUUUUCCAAAAACGUAUUCUACUGUAGCAUUUUUACCCUAUUCAUAUCAAAACUAUAAACAAAAAAAAGUUUUGCAUUUUCCAUUUUAUGUCUUUUUAGAGUGUUGUUGGGCCCUAAAUCACUCCAGCUAUCAAAAGACCGUAAAACGAUACAAAGUGAAUAAAAUUUCUAUACAGUAUCUUUGAUAUAUAAAUAUUUUUAAACUUUCAAAACUCAUUUAUUGUUUCCAAAUUUAGUCAAACCGAUGGCAUUCGUCUAGUGCAAACUUUCCUUAAAUGAAGCCAAAAUCCAUUUAAAUAAUCACCAAUCUCAAUAUGGCAAAACAAUUGCCCGUGUGUCUUUAAAAAAAA